GUGUUGAGCACGAACUUAUUGUAAGUGCUGGCUGUUCAAUGAACAUAGAAACUGGUGUACAAAUGUAUUUUGAUACUGGUGUUGGAAUGAAAGUUUAUGGGACUCUUAAAGCUAUCGGAAAUGAAUUUGCUCAUAUUCAAAUGCUUCCCUACCAAGAACAGCAUUUAUAUCAAUUUGAAAUGCCCGAAUUUCGCCUAAUUGAUGGCCCAACUGUUCGUCAAGGGCGUCUUCAAGUUAAGUUUCGAGACCGUUGGCGUUCUGUUUGUACUCAAUUAACUAAUUGGACAAGUAUAGAUACAAGCACUGCUUGCCGCUCUUUGGGGUAUGAAGAUGGUGGAUUUUGGAGAUUCUUCGCUAGAAAUAAUGAUACUUACCCUUUUGUUAUGCCUUCACCAAAAUGCUUGUCUGAAGCUAAAAAUCUUUGGGAUUGUGAAGGAUUUUCUGAUCAUAAUUUAAUCCCUCUUUCCGAAAAUCUUUGUCAGGGUGAGGAUGAUAUUGGCAUUUAUUGUUGGGGACGGCCGUUUUUUCGUGGCUGGUCAAAGCAUUGGAAAGGUCUUCACAUAUUUCAUUCACCUUAUGGCUACGUUCCUGCUGACCCUGACGGUGUUGCCCUACAAAAAGAAUCUCAUUCACGACUCGAAUUUUUGGAUAUUUUAUUUGCCGGAUAUGACCGUCUUAGUGGAAAUACAACGGCUGCUUUAUAUAUUGAGGGCGUUCCUCCUUUAAUGAAUGGACUUAGAGUUGAGAGAAGUGCCAGGGAUGGAAUUCAAUUUUUUGAGCCUGAAGGGCCUAUUAUUUUGGCAAAUUCAACAGUUGCAUUAAAUAGAGGACAUGGAAUUGCUAUAAUUGAUACAUUGGAUGGGAGAGUUUUUAUUAAUCAAACAAGAAUAGAUGGAAAUCACGGAGAUGGUAUUUGGUAUAGACAGCGACAUGUUGCUCUUUCUACUUCUGAACAUUUUAUGGGGAUUGAAAUUGGUAGUAGAGCGAAAGAUUUGGAGAGAGGGGGUUCUUCUUCAAAUACUCCACACUUAAAUCAAGGAAGAAAGUAUUUUUCAUUUCGUGAAAAGCCUCGAUUGGAAAUGUGUUCGGGAAAUCAUCAAUUGCCCAAAGAUUUAUUCUUUCCACACCUUAUACUUGCCCAUUUACAAAAUGGGACUUCAGUGCCUGAUAGAAGUUUACAGCCAAAAAUAUGUUGGUUAAAUGUAGCUUUACCUGAUAGAUUACCUUAUGCUUAUACAAUUCAAUUUUUGGAUGUAAUAAAUCGCCAUUCACAUAAUUCUGAUGCUCAAACAAUUUUUGUUGUGUGUGAUGGAAAUUCAACAUUUCCAAUGCUUUGCCAAUUUGAACGUUACCGCCUUCCUUUGUUAAAUGGAAUUUUACCCCAAAGUAUUUCAUUAAAUAGUAAUGGAAAUCCAGUGCUAAUUGGUAUUGAAUAUAUACCUCAACAACAAGAAUAUAUUAAUAAAGAUGGAAUUUCUAUAACAUCGCCAAAUGUUGUUGCUGCUGAUGUUGAAGUCUUGUUUCGGAUACACGCUACAGUUAAUUUGAAGGCAUUUUACGGGUUAAAUAUUACAAACAGUUUUGUGAGAAAUAAUACUGGGAAUGGGAUUCAAGCUUUAGCUAUUCAUGACAGACUAGCUUUACAUAACGUUAGUGUUGAUGGAAAUCAAGGAAUUGCGGGUUUAUUAAUUAGGGAUGGGGCUGCUGAUAUUUGGAUUAAUGAUACUUCUUUAAGUUGGAAUUGGGGUGAUGGAGUUAAUAUUUCUUUUGCUGGAGGAGCAAUAAAUGUCAACGCUUCUAGAAUUAUUGGAAAUAAAUGGAGAGGUUUUGCUUUCCACCACAAUAGUUCUAGCCCAUUUUGGCCCUUACAUCAAGAAAUUGUUUUUAAAGGACGACCAAUUAAUAAUAUUUUUUAUCCAAAAAUGACAAUUUCUGAAAAUGCUUGGGGAGGGCUUCUUGUUGGCAAUUUUUGUGGGCCUUCAUUAAAAUACAAAAAUUGGGAUAUUUCAAGAAUUGAACCAAAUAUUCUCAUUAGUUGGACAGAAUUUAAUGAAAAUAAUUAUCAUCCACAUAUUGAAAUAUUUUCUUGUCAAAAAGAAGAAAAUAAAUUAAUGCGUGUUGAUAUUAGUGGGAAUUCAAUUUAUGGAGGUACAGGAAUGGGAUUUAGAAUGGAACCUUGUGUAAAUACUCAACUUAUAUUAAAUAGUAAUCGUUUUUAUGGAAUAUUAAAUACAGCAUUACUUAUUAGAAAUGCAAAACACCCUCAAUUACAAAGGCUGCCUGCAAAGGUAAUAAUCUCAAAAAACGACAUAAAAAGAAAUAUUGGACAAUACAUUGUUUCUAUUGGAUUAAAUGAAGAUGCCGAGGAUCAAACACUUUUAUUUAAUCAACAAAAUGAAGUUCGAGAGAAUACAGUUAUUAAUCCCUUUCCAUUUUUAAAACCCCGUUCAACACCAUAUGCUGCUUUAGUUGUUUCUUCGAGUAAUGUUGUUAUUAGACAUAAUUGUUUUGGAAAUCCUAAUGCAGAUUUUGAAUUGUCAGAACAUGCAAAACGAAUUGAUGCACGAGAGAACAAUUGGGGAUAUCCAUCGGCUCAAAAAUUUAUGGACAGAAUAUAUGAUCAAUUUAACCGCUACUCUUUGGCUUCGAUUGAUAUUAAUCCUUAUGCAGCAGUUUGCAAUCAACGUUCUCCUUCCCUUACUCUUUUACAACAAUAUUUUCGACCAUUUAGACAACCUGGCCAACCAUUCCAUAUUGGAGGAACAAUAUUUGAAAACAAUGAUUUACCUGUUGGAAAGUAUAUUGUAACUGAUGAUUUACAUAUUACACCUGGUGCUAAGCUUACAUUAGCUCCAGGCACAACAUUUGAAUUUAUGGGAGGCAUUGGAAUGCUUGUACAGGGCGAACUUCUUCGCACAGAAACCAGCAGUAGUCCUUUACAGCCCAUUCUCUUCACAAGCAAACCUUUGGGACAACCACCGCGUUCUGGAAGUAUUCGACUAGUUGAUGAAUUUGGAUCAGAUAGAGUUUUAGCUGGCCGUUUGGAAGUUCGUUUAGGAACUACAGACAAUGAUAAUGAACAGUGGGGCACAGUUUGUAACAGAUCAUGGACUGUUCAACAUGCCCAAUUAGCUUGUAAUCAAUUGGGGUUAAUACUCGACCCUGAACAUUUUGAGAAUUGGAGAACAUUUCCAUUAGCAGAACCAGAUGAAAGGCCAAUAAUUAUGGAUAAUAUACGUUGUGAGGAAAGGGAAUUUGAUUUAACAAAAUGUAGACAUGAUGGGAAUUUGCAUAAUGUUAAAGCUUCUUGUAAGUCAACAGAAGUUGUUGGUUUACGUUGUGCUCCUCCCUAUUGGGCUGGUGUUCGUUAUUCUCUACUUGCUAAUCCCAUGAGCUACACUGGUUUAUCCACUAUGAGUAACUGGAUUAUUCAAAGAGCUGGGCUUUUUGACUUUCGAUUACCUUUAUUAAGUCCUGCAUUACAGAUUGAUUGGAAUUAUCAUACAUUUCAUAGUUUAACAAUUCGUGACAAUUAUUUUGAUGGAAUAGAUAUUGUAUAUAAUGACUUGACUAGGAAACCAGCACUUAGAAAUUGUUAUAUUGUUAGAAAUAGAAGAAAUGGGAUGGUUGUUCGCUCAAUGGGAUUGUCAGCAGAAAAAGUUUUUGAUUUAUAUAUUUGGACUUGUAAAUCCAUUAUCAAAUCAUGUGUGUAG